AUGAUCCGCCCGCAUGCUAAACUCGACGCCUCGGGUCGAGAAGUGGCAUGCAAGGUGGCCUGCAGCCGUGCCGAAUGGCUUCGAUCCCCAGACGAGAUAGAUCCACGCGAGACGAAAGACCGGAAUGGAGGCAAAGAGAUAGAUGGGCAUCUGUGCCCUUCAAGGGACCCAACGGCCUCGAGCAAGCGCCUCGUGAACGAAGCGAAGGGGCAGUUCGGUCCUCUGGGCGGCUCUCCGUUCGGCUUUCUGGGCGGCCCUCAGUUUAGCCCUCAGGAGCCACUGUAUGGCCCUUACGGUUCGCUCGACAGACCCUAUCCUCAAGCCGAUCUUCAAUGUCCCCCUGGAUUCAAGUGCGUUCCGGCGGCCGAUUGCAAAUAUCAGUGUCCCCCGGGAUACGAGGAGAUCGCUGAGGGGUGCUACCACAUCCCGAGGGUCUCGAAGCAGCGCAGCGAUGCCGCGGCGUACUGCGCCGAGAGGAAAGCGGAUCUGGUGACCGUCGAGAGUCGGCGAGAAUACGACGCGAUCGUCACCAGGAUCGGCAAAGACCCUGGCAAGUACUUCACGAGCUCGAGGCGGCAGGCAAAUGGGAAAUUUCAGUGGGAAACGACGUCUGCGGACAUGGAUACAUUUAACACUGGUACUGUGGUCGACCUGACGACGGGCGACUGUGUCGUUUUAACUCCUGGGGGGUUCCAGGCGGUCGAUUGUAAUGAAUCAAAUUUCUUCAUUUGCGAAAUCGCUACGCAGGGAAAGCACAAGUGCAUGCAAUCCACGAUGGGACCCGAAUACAGGAGAGUCUGCUGCAGCGACACGAACGUUGAAUCGAAACCGAGUGCCAGCAACUACAUCUAUGGAGGACCAAAUGUGAACACCUUCAAUACGCAAAGUCAAGACAUGUGUUUGAUCAACGCCCGGGGCGACACUUGCGACAGGGUGUCGAAAGAAGAUUGGCGUCGGGCAGGUUCGAGCUUCUUCAAGCUCUUCAGCGCUCCCGACCGCGAAGUAGACCACAAGGUUUCGUGGCAGGAUGCGAGUUCGGAAUGCCGCGAGCAUUAUGAUUCCAAAUUGGCCACAUUGACGAGUCGCGUGGAAGAUGAAUUCGUUACCACAUGGGCGAAGAUGGUCAUCGAUUCCGAUUCGUGCAUUUGGAUUGGCGCCUACUAUUCUGAAGCUGAGAGGAGAUUCGUUUUUGUUGACGGGACUCCUGUCGAAAAUGCCAACUGGGGCAGGAACGAGAUGAAGUCGUCGGGGUUUGUGGCCCUGGUCAGGGAAAACGGUCGAAUCGUGUGGAAAGUUUUGGACAGGAAUGAGGAGUGCGAGUUUUUUUUCUGCGAGAUCAAAAUCCGCAUGAGAUCGGGGCCGGAUCCGAGGAAGAAGGCGAGAUGUGGAGCUCGAGCUGCAGGCGGAGCUCUUGCUCGAUCUCUCAUUGCCAAGAAAAAGAGGGACGUAUACGGAUAUUAUCCCCUGGGCAUGGCAUCUAGGAGUUCGCUGGGUUACGGCGUGAAUUACCCAGGAGCCUUCGGAGUUCAGCAGACCUUCGGUAGAGAUAUAUCCCCUCUUGGAGAUUAUAACUUUAGAGCACCACAGGCCGUUGGAUACCGAGGACCCGGAGGUGUGGGUCUUGGCUACCCCAGUUGGCCGGAUAAAGGACAGAGGGGUGGCAGCAUUGCGGGAACAAAUUCUGCCCAGUAUCUCGAAUGGCCGUGGCAGGUGGCGAUAUACAAGUUCAAGAAACAGUGGAGAGCAGAACCAGAUUUCAUCUGUUCCGGCGCGAUGAUCGACGAUAUGCACGUGAUCUGUGCAGCCCAUUGUGUCGCUGGAGGAAACCCAGCCGAGUUCCAAUGCGGCAUUGGAGAAUGGGAUCUCUCGUCUCUGACCUACGAGCUCUAUGAUCCCGCUCUCAUAGGCUCCUUCCAAGCGUUGAAUGUGCUGGGCGAGGCAAGAGUUCGAUUGCUUCCAGAUCGUGAUUGUGAUGGGGUCGGUUUCGUAACCGGUGCCAAUUAUCCAUUAGGACAGGGAUAUGGACCCUUUGGCCCUGGGAGAGGCCCGGCAGGCGGGAUCCUAUGUGCAGUAAGAGUUGAGAAUACCGGCACCUGCAUUACUGAUCCGGGAUCGAUCUUGGUAUGCAAAGCGAACACAGCCUUCACAAACUACAAUUACCAAGGAUACCCUACCUUUGGAAUAGGCCCACGUUUCAGGAGAAGCACUUUCAACGAAUCAAAUCCUGUGAACAACGCGACCUCCUGGCUCGACAUCCUCAAAGAGCUGGCCAGCAAAAAUUCGACGGGGAGGAGUAAAAGGGCUAAUGGUUACGGCUCCCCUCCUGUACCGCUUGGUGGUCCUCUCCCUGGAGGUUAUGCCCGUGAACCAUGGCAGCCUUAUCGGACGCCCUUUGGACAAUACAUUCAAGGGGCUGCCUACGGUGGAAUUACGAAAGCCAGUCAAGUUGACGACUUCAAACCCUAUGGUGAAUACAGUCCAUACCCAAACAGUCCCUACGUCAAGAAUAUAUUCAGCGGGAAUCAAUACCUGGAGAAUGCGUUCUAUCUAGUCGGGAUCAUUACCAGCAACUACCACAAUUCCUGCUCGAACAGGCCCAUCAUUUUUACUGAUAUCACCGCCUACUUGGAAUUCAUCCUUAACUACAGCAGGGGUGAUAACUAUUAGUCAGUCUUCCCUUUCUGUUGUGAUAUAUUUAUGGAAAUGUUUUACUCCAAAUUUUAUUAAAGAGAGUGAAAGGGCAUAUUGAGUCAUUUACACUUCUAAUGUACUUGCUCAC